AUGUUAUCCGCUUUCACCGCGCGGCCGCUGGUCGAACUCAAGCCGCGCGACAAGUCCAAGAUCGACUCCGUCCUCGCCUACGGCGACCGUCUACUCGCCGGCCUCAACAAUGGCUCCCUCCGCAUCUACCGCGUCACCGAUGACGGCACAACCGAGCUCCUUCGCGAACUGGAGAAGUUCUCCCGCUACAAGAUCGAGCAGCUGGCGCUUGUGAAAGAGGCCAGGGUCCUGGUCUCGCUGUCUGGGAGUUAUGUUUCUCUUCACGACUCUCAGACCUACGAGCUUCAUGAGCAACUCGCGCAGACUAAGGGUGCUUCUGCUUUCGCUAUUACCUCCAAUGUUGUCAAUGAUCCCGAUACCAAUGUCCCCGCUAUCGUCUCUCGGCUUGUGGUUGCUAUUAAGAGGAAGAUUGUUAUGUGGGUGUGGCGGGAUAUGGAGCUGGAGCCGAACACUACGGAGUUGAGCUUGGUUAGCGCGGUGAAGACUAUGACCUGGGUGUCUGCUACGAAGAUUGUUGUUGGUUUGAGCUCCAGCUUUGUUAUGGCUGAUAUCGAGAAUGGUCAGAUCUCUGAGCUGCCUGGACCGGGCAACAUGGAGGAGUCGGGCCGAUUUACAGGGGUCGGUGCUGCGAGUAUGAGCUAUAUCGGCAUGGGUGGCAUGGUGCCUCGGCCGCUUGCUACAAGAUUGAGCGAAGGCCAGAUAUUGUUGGCCAAGGACAUUAAUACCCACUUCAUUGAUGUGGAUGGCCAGGCGCUCGGUCGGCGGCAGAUUCCCUGGAGCCAUGCGCCGGUAGAAAUUGGAUACUCUUACCCGUUUUUGCUCGCGUUGCACGAUACUGCCAAAGGUGUGCUCGAGGUACGAAAUCCAGAGACCCUUUCACUGCUACAAUCUAUCCCUCUGCCCUCGGCUAGCAUUCUGCAUAUUCCUCAGCCGAAUAUCAGCCUUGCGCAUGCUGGAAAAGGGUUCCUUGUCGCAAGUGACCGGACUAUCUGGAGAAUGGAAGCCCUGAGCUAUGAUACGCAGAUCGACACCCUCGUUGAAAAGGGUUACUUGGACGAGGCAAUCAGUAUGCUCGGUAUGCUCGAGGAUGCUCUCUUACGAGACAAACCCGGUCGACUACGCUCGACCCAGCUUGAAAAAGCGCAAAGCCUGUUCGCUCUGCGUAAGUACCGCGAUUCUUUGGAUCUUUUUACCGAAGUGGCCGCUCCUCCGGAAGUCGUUAUUCGUCUCUAUCCCCGCUUGAUUGCCGGUGACCUAUCUGCUGUUCCAGAACAGAACGGGUCGGAUCAUGUCAACGGGUCUCAACCCGACGGGUCCUUCGAAGGGGCAAAGGACGGGCUUCAAAGGUCUCUCUAUGCUCCCUCUGUCCGGUCUCUUCUCCGAAGGACUGAAGAGGGCAGUGACGCCAGCAGUACUCGUGACGAAGAGAAGGACCUAAAGUCUUCAGUCCGUGAACUCCAGGGGUACUUGGCAGAUGUCCGUCGCCGUUUCCAGCGAUACCUUGGCCCGGAUGGCAAUUUGAAAAUACCUGCGCCUACCGAUGCCACGGACGAAGUGAGCGCCUCUGUGCUCAAAUUACUCGAUUUUCCGACACCCGACACCUUCUUAGAGGCCAUCCGUGCCAAAGCUCGACUGGUUGAUACCACGCUGUUUAGGGCACACAUGUUUGCGACGCCAUCACUCGCGGGCUCCCUGUUCCGCAUUGCCAAUUUCUGUGAUCCCGACGUGGUCAUGGAGCGCCUGGAAGAGACAGGUCGGUACAAUGAUCUGAUCGACUUUCUCUAUGGCAAGAAGCUCCACCGCCAGGCUUUGGAACUGCUUCGCAGGUUUGGCCAGGACGAGUCGGGGCUGCUAAGCGGACCGACCCGCACAGCCGCAUACUUGCAGAACCUUCCACCUAGCCAAAUCGAUUUGAUUCUCGAGUUUGGCGAAUGGCCGCUCCGUGAAAAUCAUGAAUUGGGCAUGGAGAUCUUCUUGGCGGAAACUGAAAACGCAGAGACGCUGCCACGAUCUCGAGUCAUUGCCUUUUUGGAGGGCAUUGAUGCCAAACUUGCUAUUCUGUAUCUUGAGCAUGUCAUUCGUGAAUGGAAUGAAAUGUCGCCUGACCUGCACCAGCGGCUUUUGAUGCUUUAUCUUGAUCGAAUCAAUGCCGACAAGAGUGAUCAAGAAUGCAAGGAUAAGUUCCUAGCCAUGCUCAAGGAGAGUGAGCAGUAUUCACCAGCCAAGACGUUGGAUCGGCUGGAUCGCGAGGAUCCAGACUUCUACGAAGCACGAGCUAUCGUGUUUAGCAAGAUGGGCCAACAUCGCCAGGUUCUGGAGAUUUACGUGUUCAAGCUUCAUGACCACGACAAAGCGGAGGAGUAUUGCAACCAAGUGCAUCUCACUGAACGCCAAUCCGAUGAAUAUGAAGAUGAAAAUGAAAAGUCCAUCUACCUCACGCUUCUGUCCCUCUACCUCGAUCCGCCACACGGCUAUCCACCCCAACACGGCCCCGCAUUGAUCGUCCUCGCCAAACACGGAUCCCGGCUACCGGCAGACGCAGCCCUGAGCCUGAUCCCUGCGGAGCUGCCUGCGCAGGAACUGGAGUUCUACUUCAAAGGCCGGAUGCGUGCAGCCAAUUCCAUCUUCAACGAGGCCCGCAUCGUAGCCAACCUCCGCAAGUCCCGCGACAUGCAGACCCAGGCCCAGCUCGUCCUCGGUGAAGGCGUUCGGGGGGGCGGGACCCGGGCACGCCACGUCACCGUCACAGAAGAACGGAUCUGUGGUGUUUGUCACAAGCGAUUGGGAGGAAGUGUGAUUAACGUGUUUCCCGAUAACACUGUCGUCCAUCUGGGCUGUACGAAUCGCAGGUCCAGCAUUCGUUCCGGGUAG